CGGCCACGUGGCUGGCCGCGGGCCGUUGGAAGUCGAGGCCGCCGCGCGCGUCAGUGGUCGCGAUGAUGCUGUGGCUGUCGGCGGCGCUGAGUCUCGGCUACGUGGUCGUAGCUUCGCAGACUGCUGUGAAAGUGUCCGUUUUCUACGAGAGCCUAUGUCCGGACAGCAUAAGAUUCAUUGACGAACAGCUGUACCCCACCUGGACCAAUCUGACCGAGAAAUACCUCAGCGUGGACUUCAUUCCAUAUGGGAAAGCUUCUCAGCACAGGUCCGCGGACGGCCGCUGGAGCUUCUCGUGCCAGCACGGCGACACCGAGUGCCGCGGCAACGAGGUGCAGGCGUGCGCGCUACGCCAGCUGCGGAACAGCUCCUCGCAGCGAGUGGAGUUCGUGCACUGCGCCAUGGCCGACGGCUACCCGCCCGCCGCCGGCCCCAAGUGUGCAAACAAUCUCAACAUAUCGUACGACCCCAUAGAAGAAUGCAGCAAUGGACAGGAAGGUGAAACACUUCUGGCAGAAAUGGGCGACCGAACACACGAAUUCCGACCCAAAAUAGCCUUCAUACCAACUAUAGCAGUUUACGGGGUGUAUUCUGAAGAAGACCAGAGGGAUUCGUUGACGAAUUUCCUGGCCGUGGUGUGCAGAUACAUCAGCGGUGACAAACCCGCUGCUUGCCGGCCAGGAAAAUGAUCCGCACGCACCCACAAGACUUCACCACUUCACUCUGCAGUUAUCAACACGGCAGUAACCAUCAUCCCUCUGAAGUGUACUGAAGUCCAGCUUGCACGGACCCUCUUCAAAAUUGCAAAGAUCUUCGUGAAUCUACCUUCAAAUGAAUGUUGUUUUACACUGAAAUUUAACUUGUACAGUGUUAUACUCCUCGAGAGUACACGUAAGAAAUUCUGUUAUCAAUUGUAACUACGAAAAUUGUCUUUACGCGUUUAUUCAUUAUAAAACUAACACAGUGAAACGCAAUCCUUUGAAAGUUACUAUGGUAUGUUGUACACUGUUAAAUAUUCACCUUCAUAAACAAAGAACUCUGGUUACAAAUUAUCAUCUUCGUAAAUUUACGGACAUUGUGAUCACUUUCUUUGAAUAUGAAUCCCAAAGAAUAUUAACAAGUGUAGAUGAAUUACAAUGUUAUUUGAAUAUACGGAUUUCAUAAUAGUAUGUAUUUUCAAUAAAGAUGGAUUUCAUAGUAAUUUUAAUAAUUCAUUUAAUAUAUUUUUUGUCCACGUGUUAUUUUAUCUUUAUAUAGAAUUAAACAAUUAACUCUAAAAUCAAAAUACUAAAUAUUUUUUAAGAAGAUUCAAUUUUUUUUUGAAAUUACGAAGAAAUCUUCGUUUAUUUGAGUGUGAUUCUUCUUUGAAAAUCCGUAAAUUUACUGUAAUUUUUAACAGUGUAGACACGGAUGUGAAGCUGAGAAAUAGAUACAAUUGCAAUAAACAAUGGGACAUA